AUGGAAUCUUUAUUGAUAUUAUCUGUUUAUCGGGAAUUUAGAUUCAUUAUGCACGCUAAGAAGACUGCUUUCGUUGUGGAGCACGAUUUCAUUAUGGCAACUUACCUCGCCGACCGCGUCAUUGUCUUCGACGGAGAGCCAUCUGUGCAUGCUACGGCCCGAAAGCCCCAAAAUUUACAAGAAGGGAUGAAUCGAUUUUUGAAAAUGCUCGAGAUCACAUUCCGCCGUGAUAAUGAGUCGUAUCGGCCAAGAAUAAACAAGAAGGAUUCAAUAAAAGAUAUGGAGCAGAAGAAAAGUGGACAGUUCUUUUUCAUGGAUGAGGCUUAG